AUGAACCUCCAAGCUCUUUUUCUCGUGGCGUCUACCAUUGCAAUUCGUGCUACGGCUGACUUUACCGUCACAUCGAAACCGACCGAAGCCACUACUUCAAGCAUAAAGAAUGUAAAAUUUGUAAAACAAUGGACAUUGACUGCUGCUACGACGGUCAAAAGUAUUGAUUCCAUUGACUUGGAUCUCGUUGGUCAAGUCUUUGUGAGCUAUAAGAGUGGGCUGCCGAGUGGUGUACUUGGUUACGUAAACGUUUCGGGUGACUCGCAAUCCGUCGUCGAUGCUGUUCUCGUGAGUAAUGACGACGCUAAUGACACUGACGACAAAGACGAUGACAGUGAUACUAAAGAUAACACUGGCGAGCUACAUGUGGGCAUUGGAAGUAGUAUUUCUACUACGCUCAGUGGGUACUUACUGACUGAGAUUAUUUUGGCUUCGACUGACGUCGUGACGGAUGUAAAGAGCAAACAAUCAGCUCAGGUCGUUAUUGAAGAAGGCGUCCUGAUGACGAGCAGCAAGACAGCGGAGCUGCAGAUUGAGGCUAGUGGAUCAAGUGCCGUGUAUGUAUCGGCAGUUGGGACGGAUGUGAGCGUGAACCAAUUGCAGCUUGAUACGGCGGAUACUGCGAGUCUUCAGUUUAACGUCAAGAGCGUGUCCGUCACGGAUGAAGCUCAAGUCGAGUCGAAGGGAUCAGCACGUAUUGCGCUACUGGCGUCAUCUAUCAAGGCGGCAAAGCUCGAGUUGGACGCACAGGACACCGGCACGAUUUGCACCAGCGCGAAGGAGGUCACGGCCACCACUUACGAAGGUAAAGCCGCCAACAGCAUCUCUAUGCCCAACGCAACCAACAAGCAAGGGUCGACUGGAUUGCUCACGUGCGAUGAGGCUAAGGUACCAGCCCGCGAGGCGACGUGCGUGUCAAGCACUUGCGCCGGGUCAUCGACGUCUGGUACUACGCCUAGCAGUGGCGCGUCAACGUCUACUACGGCAACUCCUGGGACGACCAACGACGACGAUACUGCCAGCGAUGACACGAGCGCGGCUUUGACUCCGCAGCUGUCGGCGUUUGCUACUACUGCUAUCGUUGUAGCAAUGGCUAAUCUUCUGUAA